AUGGCCACUUUGUUUCGUGCGCCGGCCGCCCGGGCCAUGAAGUCCCUGGACAAAUCUUUGUUCUUCAAAGUCCUGCCUACAUCCGCUGCGCUUGUAAGCCAGAACACGCUGCUGUCCAGGUAUCGCAAGGCUCUGGAGAAGUCGGAGGAGUUGAUCCAGGUGGAAAAGUUUAGUCCUAUUGCUCCGCAUCCUGACCCGGAGGCUGCGAAGGCGGGAAAGAAGUGCCUGGUUCUCAAGCCUAGUGUCGACCCAGCCUCACCAGAAACAUGGAGUUCCGUGUUGAGAAAGGGCUCAGAGGAUGGUGAGGUAGAAAUUAUACCCUACCAAGCAGACUUCGACUACACUUACUGGAGAUACCUUGACAUUAUGAAAUCUAUCCUUCCUGAGGAGUUGCACGACGAAAUCCCAUCGGGUUUCAACACGGCGGGACAUGUCGCACAUCUCAACCUCAGAGAGCAAUAUCUGCCAUACAAGGAGGUGAUCGGCCAAAUCAUCAUUGACAAAAACCCGGCUGUGAAGACCGUCAUUAAUAAGAUCGACGAUGUCGGAACUGCCAACGAGUUCAGAACUUUCAAUUACGAGGUGCUAGCAGGAGCCGACGAUCUGGUCGUCGAGGUCACCGAGGCCGACUGUGUCUUCAAGUUCGACUACUCCAGGGUCUACUGGAACUCAAAGCUCAGCAACGAGCACCAGAGACUGAUCGACAUCUUCAAGCCCGGCGAGGUGGUUGCAGACGUCAUGGCAGGCAUCGGCCCCUUCGCCGUUCCGGCCGGAAAGAAGGGUGUCUUUGUCUGGGCCAACGACAAGAACCCCGAAAGCUACAAGUAUUUAGAGACCGCCAUCGUUAGAAACAAGGUCUCCGAGUUUGUUAGGCCUUUUAAUCACGACGGACAUAGCUUCAUUCGUGAUGCGGCGGACUCUGUUCUCGAAGCCUCCAAACGCAAGGAACAUGCCGUUAUCAAGCCGCCCAAGCCCUCGAGGAAGGCCCCUCCCCCAAAGUCGCCCCCCAGCAACAUCCUCAUCCCCGUGCCUCCAACCAUAUCUCAUUUCGUCAUGAACCUCCCAGCCUCCGCCCUCGAGUUUCUGCACAACUUCCGCGGCCUGUACUUCGGGAACGAGGAGCUCUUCGCCCCUCACACCAAAACCCAGCUCCCACUCGUCCACGCCCACUGCUUCGCCCCCAAGCUCAACGACGACACGACCUACGCCGAGAUCCUGGAGCGCAUCGAGAAGGAGAUUGGCGUCGCGCUGCAGCAUGGGGAUGGGGAGAAGGAAGGCCAGUGCAGCAUCAUCGAGGUCCGAGACGUCGCACCGAACAAGCGCAUGUUCUGCGCCAGCUUCCGGCUCCCAGCCAAGGUCGCCUUCGCCCCGAGGGUGUAA